CGCUACUGCUGUUCAAUUUUUAGCAUAGAGGCGCAUUGGGUUCUAAUUUCGGUAUUCGAAUUCAGUUUAGUUGCAACUUUUAAGCAUUUUUCUGAUGCCUAAACGGAAGGCGAAAAGGGCCACUAAGCAGUCUAAUUCAUCUCGUACUCGGUGUGACCUUGCUACAAAAGGAGCUCCAGAAGAAAAUGUAUUCAUUGAUCAAGAAGCUUUGUUCGAGAAGACUUUUGCUACUGGAUCUUGUGCUUAUGCCCCUCGUUCAACCCGUGAGAGGACUAGGGUUUCAUCAUCAUCAUUUACAUCUCAUAUCCACACUACCCAAAAUGAGGAGGAUGGAGAUGAGGAGGAAGGACCAAUUGUCGAUAAAUCGAGUGCAACUUCGUAUAGACCGAAUAAGAAGAGUAAAACCAAGGUCAACAUGGAUGAAUUGGCUUCUGAAAUGAGGGGUGCACUUCAGACACUUGUUGCAUGACAAACCUCAAACCUAAAUGCUUGUUUUGAACGGUUGAACGCUCUUGGCCUUGAUAUAAGGAGUCCUCUUUAUAAUGCAGCCAUUGACAUUUUUGGCGAGUCAACAUUAUUAAGAGAGACAUGGUUGGUGAUCCCUUCAGACGCUGAUAUAUUAAUAUCAUGGAUUUCAAGGACAACAAAAAGAUUGGGACUUAUGGAGUAGUUUUUGGAAUUUGAACAAGUUACCUGGUUACAUGUUUUGUAUUUGAACAUGUUAUUUGUUUAUGUGUUUGAUAUUUGACUAUUUGGUUACAUAGCUUUUGUAUUUAAACAAGUUUUUGGAAGUUGAACAAAUUGUUAUUUG